ACCGAGACUGCAUUUCCAUGAGUAAUUCUGACUACGAAGAAGAGGGGUAUAAGGGAAGACGCAAAGGGCGCUCCCUUGGUCAUUCUGGUAGAAACGUCGUUAGUUUUACUUCAGGAAAUUCUGGACUGACUGGCGAUGCUAAAAUGGAUGAAGAGAUUCCUUCUAUCGAUUUGACGCCUAUGGAUUAUAACCCUAUUAAGGAGAUUCAGCGCAAACAGAAUCACAACGAGGCAGAAAAGAAACGAGUCCGCAAUAUCAACAAAUGUGUGGAUGAUUUGAAGGAAAUUCUGGAUAAGGCCAACAUUCCUCAUAAGAGCGACAAAGUUUCCACCUUGGAAUCUGCUGUAACAUACAUGCGCGAUUUAAUUAAGGAACGAGACCGUCUAAACACCCAUCUCGGCUAUGUCAGUAAUCUCUUGGCCGAUGGAAUUGGCGGAGAAGACGAAGUUCUUUCGGACGAAGACGACAACCACUUCCUCCAGGGCGAGGUCAAUCACGCCUCGCUCGGCGCCACCGGGAUCACCGUCGAUUCUGCGGACAAGCCUUGCGUCAUGUAUCCAAUGAACGCCCAAGGCGACGCUCCGACGGCAGGCGACUUCCCGUGCGACAGCACCGAAGUGAACAAGCGUGCGGUGAAGGAAAUGAGUCGCAGCGUGCGUCGCAACGGAAUCGAUUAUAAAGGCAUCUGGAUGAACAACAGCAUGCCGUGUCUCAUCGUUCAGAUCAACUCGGGCAAGUUGCUCAAAGGCAACAGCUUCUUUAUGAAGCUCUUCCAGUUCGAAUCCAUGGAGCAGCUUAAUCAGCUGUCCUUCUUCGAUAUCAUCUCUCCGUCCGACCUCUCGCUUUUCUGGAGCGAGUACAGUCAGCUCGUCAACGCGCAGCACCAAAUGAUGCGAUCGUUCGUUUGCCCCAUUAAAAAUCCCGCUACUUCGAUCGAGAUUCCUUGUCUGGUUACCAUGGGAUCCAUCAUGGAUUAUGAUGGACACGUCUUCCAGGUCGCUGCUACUUUUACGCCCUUGCAGAGAGUUGAUUCCGGAGCUGGAGCCACACCGACUGCAGGACUGAUGCCCGGGAAUGGCCAGAGACCGAUAAAGACGGAGCCCGUUCCAAAUGUUCAUAUUUCUAAGUUUAUGUGGGGUGUUUGUUUACAAUCAUUCGUAUGGACGAGAGAGCAGGACCUGAAGGAAGUGAAUGAAAUUGCCAAGAGUAUACGGAAUCGAGGACCCGAUUCCUUUGAACAAUUAGCAUUGGAAAAUGAAUCGAUCCACUUUUUAGGAUCCGUUUUGCAUAUGCAGGGAUCCGCAAUUUGCAAGCAACCAUUGAUCCACCCCGAUGGUGAUGUUUUCCUAUGGAAUGGAGAAGUGUAUGAUGGAAUUGAAAUCCUCCCUGGUGAAAGUGACACUGAAGCUGUUUUUCGUUUAUUAAAUAAUGAAGGAGACAUUUACAGCAUCCUAAAAAGAAUCAAGGGUCCUUGGGCUUUUAUAUAUUAUCGUAAAACAGAGCAUAAAAUCUAUUUUGGGAGGGAUGCUGCGGGUAGGCGCUCGCUUCUCCUCCGAAUUUGUGAUUUGGGAGAUUCCAUAGUCAUUGCCAGUUGUCUUCCUCGCGAUACACGUCCUCUUCCUCCUCCCCACCCUGCUGUCACCUUUUCUCCCGCAGCUCGUAAAGCAAUCUACGAAAACGAGCUCAACCCCACCUGUUUCGCCACGAUGGACAUUGCUCCAUUAGGCAUUUACUCAAUCGAUUUCUCUUCAUCCUCCCUCUUCGUAGACCUCCUUCCCUUCAAUCUCCCUCUCUCGACUCUUCACGUCGACACGAAUUGCUCACCGCCGCAGCGUCUCAGCGCAGCGGAAACGCUUUUAUCGCUACUAGAGCAAAGCAUAAGGCGAAGAGUGUCUACGAUCGCUUCCCUACCUGCGACUCGCGCUGUGUGUGUGAUGUUCUCAGGAGGAAUCGACUGCUCGAUCCUCGUCUGCGUGCUGUGUCGCGUGCUGCAGUCGCUUCACAUUUCUUGUGUCAUCGAGCUCGCGAAUAUCUCGUUUGGAUCGAAGGUCGAAGCGAUCGAAUCGCAGUCUCUUCGACAAUUGCGAGAAUUGUACCCGGAUCGAUACACAGCGCGUGGUUCUAGUGUUCGAAUUCGAUAUAGUGCGGUCGUUUGCGGAUAUUCAACAAUUAUACCCUGA